GUAUUUCGGCAUAUUUGACCAUGGAGUCUACUAGCCAAAAAGCAGAGUAGAAAACGAAGAAAAAAACAUUUCGCAAAGGAAGGGAUAACUUGAAGCACUGGCGAUUCCAUUCCAUGCCAAUAUUAUUAUUUUUCAGUUUUAAACAUGUUUCUCACUACUGCUUCAAGAGCCAAACCGCUGGAAAGAGUUUGAGUUUUCAAAUGAUGAACUUUAACAGAGGAUAACUAUUAUGGGAGCUCAGAAGAGCAUUCAUGCCGGCAAAGCCAAGAUUGACGUGAAUGUGGAUUUCACACACAAACUAUGUGCUGGCUUAAUGCUUCAUUCUUUCAGGAAUUCCGGGAAUCCACUAGAACUAGUCAUAGGAAGCCUUUGCAUAAAACAUCCAAACUUAUUUGGCAAGAGCGAGAAGCUUGAUGUUCUGUGUGAUAAAGGACUCUAUGAUUCUAAUAUCAGAAUAGCUUACAGGAAGCCGCGACCUGAAUGGCUUUCCCAACCAUCCUUUAUAGUUCAGCAUUUAGUCUCUCCAGAGAUUGGGGUCCAUGGAAUUCCUGUGGACAACUUCUCUCGUUCCGAAAGCGGUGGAGUGAACUUAUGUCGAUUUUCUGCUGCUUUAGAUUUGAGUGAGCCUGCAAGUUCCAACUGGAGCAGCAAAACUAGUAUCAGGUUUGAGCAUGUUCGUCCAGUAGGCGAUGAUGGCCGAUCAAUAAGCAGAGAUUUUCAAGGGUAUCCAGUCACUUGCAGUGGUGGAUGUAAUGAUAGAAUGGUGGUGCUAAAACAAGAAUCCAGGUUCGCCAAGGCAAAUGAUCAAAGUUUAACAGAAUUUAGCCUGCAAAUAGAGCAAGGGAUUCCCAUUCUUUCGCAGUGGCUGAUCUUCAACCGUUUCAAGUUUGUUGCAUCAAAGGGAGUAAAAUUUGGGCCAGCAUUUCUCUUGACAAGACUUAAAGGUGGAUCUAUCGUGGGGGACAUAGCUCCUUACCAAGCUUUUUCAAUUGGAGGAGUUGAUAGUGUGAGAGGUUACGGGGAAGGAGCUAUUGGAUCCGGUAGAUCAUGCCUGGUUUCUAAGAGUGAAGUGACAUUUCCUUUGAGGGAAAUGCUAGAUGGUGUGGUUUUCUUGGAUUGUGGAACUGAUAUGGGCUCUGGUCGUCAUGUUCCUGGAUAUCCUACUUUAAGACAUGGCAAACCGGGGUGUGGAGUUGGCAUUGGUUAUGGCUUUCGUUUAAAAUCUCAGUUAGGCCAUUUUCAGUUGGACUGCGCUGUCAAUGCAUUUCGACAGAGAACUCUCUACUUUGGCUUCAGUAGUGUUACCUCAUAACUUGGCCGCACAGCGCUUUCCAGGUCAUAUUUGAAAGUUAACUGUAAAAGCUUGGAUUUGCACUGGGUAACCUGAAGGAUGGACAUCAUCUAGUUUUUUUAAUGAAUACUAAUAUACUGAUUAUACUCCAAGAGCUCAUGGACAUUUGUAUACUCCAAGAAGAGUCCACCUUUCUUGUCCCCACAUACAUGGACUGCACAUUUAUAUCCACUUCAUUUGUAAUUUGUAUACUCCCAGAAGAGUCCACUUUCUUGUCCCCUCAUACACGGACUGCAAACAUUUUAUCCGCUUUGGCCUGGUUUAUAUCAGGUCAGGGAGAUCACUGUCAAAAUGAAAUGAAACUUUUGUG